AUGUCUGUCUGUGAAAAUUUGUAUAAAAAAGCUUACCUGAGUUCUAAAGUAGUUCUCCCCGAAGAAGAUGGUGGUGUUCAACCAGCGAUAAUUAUCGUAAGCAAUGGAAAAAUUGAGGAAAUCAUUCCAUCAGUCGACGAGGAGGCAAUAAACAAUUUAACAAAUGAAAAUAUAUAUUUGGAAAAAUUUGGCUCACUGGUAAUCAUGCCUGGUAUAGUUGAUUCCCACGUUCAUAUAAAUGAGCCAGGUCGCACUGAUUGGGAAGGUUUUGAUACCGCGACACGGGCUGCAGCAGCUGGUGGAAUUACUACAAUUGUUGAUAUGCCUUUAAACUCUAUACCACCGACAACGACGCUGGAAAACUUAAGUAUAAAAUCGAAAGAAGCGCUAGGAAGAGUAUUUGUUGAUGUCGGAUUCUGGGGUGGUGUAAUACCGGGGAAUCAGAAAGAGCUUCGGGCAUUGAUACAAGCAGGCGUAGUUGGAUUCAAGUGUUUUCUAUGUCCAAGUGGGGUCGAUGAAUUUCCACACGUCAAUCUUCAGGACAUUGAACUGGCCUUAACAGAAUUGCAAUCCACAAAUUCUGUGCUUGCGUUUCAUGCGGAGUGCGAACUUGCUGGCUCUCUGGUGACUGGAACGAGUGAUUCUCACAUCUAUGAAACGUUUUUACGAUCACGACCGCCCGAAAUGGAAGUUGAAGCUAUAAAAAUGGUUUCUUCGCUGUGCAAAAAAUAUGGAGUAAGAUGUCACAUAGUGCAUCUAUCAGCAAGUGAUGCUCUAGACAUAAUACAGGCAGCAAAAGCAGAAGGAUCUCAUCUGACGGUUGAAACUUGUCAUCAUUACCUAAACUUCUGUGCUGAAGAAGUACCGAAAAAUGCAACUGAAUUUAAAUGCUGUCCACCGAUUCGAGAGAAGACUAACCAAAACAAGUUAUGGAGGGCAAUCGAAAAUGGCCUAAUAGACAUGGUAGUAUCUGACCAUUCUCCCUCAACAGCAGAACUUAAAAUAUGCGGUGAUUUCAUGACAGCAUGGGGUGGCAUUUCAUCUCUACAAUUUGGUCUACCGAUUAUGUGGACUGCGGCAAGGAAGAGAAAUGUAAGUUUGGAAAACGUUUCACGUUUGCUGAGUCAAGCACCAGCUAAGCUGUGUGGAUUGGAUGGUCGAAAAGGCAGUUUGCGCAAAGGAAUGGAUGCGGAUCUACUUAUCUGGGAUCCUGAGGCAACUAUUGAGAUUCAAGAAUCAUUGAUCUUACAUAAAAAUAAGUUAACGCCUUACAUGGGAAAGGAAUUAUUUGGAAAAGUAGUAGCUACUAUAAUCCGUGGUAACACAGUUUACAGAGAUGGUAUAAUACAAGAUAAACCCAUCGGUGAUCUGCUACUGCGGAAGGAGAACCAACGUGAAUAAAUUACCUAAGUACGUUUAAAAUAGCUUCACUGGUUAUUGCAUAUAACAAGUUUAGGCUACAUGCUAUCUAAUAAAAACUGUGCUAAGGUAGAAAUUAAAACAUCGUCAAGGAUGUAAGGAU